AUGCGCCUUGUGAAAAUUGGCAGUCGUGGUGAGCUUAGCCUAACCCAGAAUUUGAUCGAGGAUAUCCCCCGCUACGCGAUACUUUCGCAUACUUGGGGAGCGGAUGACGAUGAGGUGACUUUCAACGACCUACAAAAUGGAUCUGGCAAGAGCAAGGCCGGUUAUAUUAAAAUUCAGUUCUGUGGGGAACAAGCUCACAAAGAUGGCCUACAAUAUUUCUGGGUGGACACAUGCUGUAUUGAUAAAGCAAAUCAUACCGAGUUCUCCGAAGCUAUUGCCUCAAUGUUUCGCUGGUACCGUCAUGCAGUAAUAUGCUACGUGUACCUGUCAGACGUUUCGGCUCGCAAACGCGAUAACAGUCAGAGUGGGCGGACGUGGGAAUCCGCUUUUCGGAAAAGCAGAUGGUUCACACGGGGCUGGACACUUCAAGAACUGAUUGCUCCGAAAUUAGUCGAGUUCUAUUCGCGAGAAGGAGAUCGGCUGGGUGAUAGGAAUUCGCUUGAGCAGGAAAUCCACGAGAUUACGGAAAUUCCGAUUGCGGCUCUUCGUGGAGCCCCUUUAUCUGAUUUUAGUGUCGAUAGGCGGAUGCGAUGGACAGAAAAACGGAAAACUAAAAGAAAAGAGGAUAAGGCGUACUGUCUCCUUGGGAUCUUUGACGUCUUUAUACCUCUCAUAUAUGGAGAGGGAGAGAACGCGUUCAUUCGGCUUAAGGAGGAGAUCGAUAGGUCUUCAAGGAAAUCGCUUAAGCUGGACUUGAGGAAGAUACCGUAUGCUAAAGGAGCAAUGUAUAACUCCUAUGAGGACGAUGACAUUACCUGCCAUCCUGCUACUCGAGUCGAUCUACUCCAUCAAAUUCAGGAUUGGGCUCAACAACUCCGCAGCAAGAGUAUCUUCUGGCUCAGCGGCGCUGCGGGUACGGGCAAGUCGACGGUCUCUCGGACUUUCGCGAAGUGGUUGACCGAGCAAGAUCACCUUGGUAGUGUUGUUCUCGGUGCCAGCUUCUUUUUCAAACGAGGUGAAGGCGACCGAGGAAAUGCCUCACGAUUCUUUCCUACCGUCGUCCGAGAUCUCGUGCUCAAAAUACCCGGACUGGAUAGUCUGAUCGCAGAAGUUAUUGAUUCCGAUCCUUCCAUUUUUGAUAAGGCAUUGGGAGAACAAUUCGACAAGUUAAUUUAUCAUCCAUUGCAAAAAGUCAACCUCAAUACCGGUGGCUGCUCGAUCUUUAUAGUAGUGGUGGAUGCUCUGGACGAGUGUGAAAAGGCACGUGACAUCAAAGCCAUUAUCGAUCUAUGGUCUCGACUGCCUUAUAUCACGACUAUUCACCUCAGACUCUUCAUAACUAGCCGGCCAGAUGUGCCUAUUCUACAAGGAAUCAAGACUGUACCGAUCGAUACCUAUCAGGAUAUAGUUCUCCACGAGGAAGUUCCGCGAGCAACGAUUCAGAACGAUAUCUUGGUCUUCUUGGAAGAUGAGUUUUCAAAGAUCCGAGAAAAUUAUAACCGAGACCGACCUUCAAGUAUCGCUUUGAACCCAGACUGGCCUGGCCGUGGAUCCCUCCAGGCUUUAGCCGACAUGGCGGUCCCUUUGUUCAUCGUUGCAGCGACUGUGUGUCGCUUUCUUAGUGAUUUGAACUGGAACCCUCGAACAAGGCUUGAGAAGCUCUUAGAAUCAAAAGGCAUAGGAGCGACAUCCCAAAUGGAGCAGACGUACCUUCCCGUGCUCCGGCAACUAUCAGCAACGCUGAGUGACCCACGUGACGCAGAGCCGCUCUAUCAAGAAUUCCGGACAAUUGUCGGAUCUAUCGUUGUCCUUGCCGAGCCGCUUUCUAUCGCAUCCCUUAGCGAUCUACUUCAGGUGUCACAAGGUAAUAUUUGGGACCGCAUACAUCCACUGCGUUCUGUUUUGCGCGUUCCCGCCGACUUUGCGACACCGAUUCGAACCCUUCAUCUGUCCUUCAGCGAAUUCCUGUUAGGCGACAAGCUUCGGGAUCAGUCUUUUAGAGUGGACGGCCCGGGCACGCAUCAGAUGCUUUUAACUAAAUGUCUAGCAUUGCUGUCAGGGACAAACGGUCUACGAGAGAAUUUGUGUAGCCUCUCGUAUCCUGGUCAAUCACGACGAGAGAUUGACUCGACGAUAAUCGAUCAACGCCUGUCACCCGCUUUUCAGUACGCAUGCCGGUACUGGGUACACCAUGUCCAGCAUAGCAUUGUUCGGAUUCACGACGAUGAUAUAGUACACGUGUUCUUGCGGAGACAUUUCCUGCACUGGCUCGAAGCUCUGAGUCUAAUGAAUAGGAUCGCCGAAGUCAUCGGACAGGUGAGCGUAUUACAGUCACUUACGUCGAAAAGCGAUUCAACUCACUUGUCAUCCUUUCUUGACGACGCGCGACGAGUUGUCCUUAUUAAUCGUUAUAUCGCUGAUAUUGCACCACUUCAGAUUUAUUCGUCGGCGAUGGUUUUCGCGCCGCAGACCAGUAUAGUAAGGAAGAUCUGUGGCCGGUUCCCGGCAUGGAUACGGAGGUGUCCAAUCACUCCAACGAUGUGGGGUCCGAAGCUACAGACGCUAGAAGGACACACUGAUCCUGUGUUCGCGGUGACAUUCUCCCCCAACGGCUUGCUGCUUGCAUCUGCUUCAUACGAUAAGACGGUCAGACUAUGGAAUCCGACGACGGGCCAAGAGGUGCAGACACUCGAAGGACACACUAGUCAUGUGAACGCGGUGACCUUCUCCUCGGACGGCUCAUUGCUCGCAUCUGCAUCAGGGGAUAUGACCGUCAGGCUGUGGAAUCCGGCAACGGGCCAAGAAGUGCAGAAGCUCGAGGGACACACUAAGUCUGUGGAGACGGUGGCCUUCUCCUCGGACUGCUCAUUCCUCGCUUCUGCAUCAGAAGACGAGACUCUCAGGCUGUGGAAUCCGGCGACGGGCCAAGAAGUGCAGAGGCUCGAAGGACACACUAGUUUUCUGGAGGCGGUGGCCUUCUCCCCGGACGACUCAUUGUUCGCUUCUGCAUCACACGAUCAGACCGUCAGGCUGUGGAAUCCGACGACGGGCCAAGAAGUGCAGAGGCUCGAACACACUGAUUCUGUGUUAGCGGUGGCAUUUUCCUACAACGGCUUACUGCUCGCAUCUGCAUCAUACGAUGGGACCGUCAGGUUAUGGAAUCUGACAACGGGUCAAGAAGUGCAGACACUCGAAGGACACACUGGUUAUGUGACCGCGGUGGCCUUCUCCUCGGACAGCUCGUUGCUCGCAUCUGCAUCAGAAGAUGAGACCGUCAGGCUGUGGAAUCCGAUGACGGGCCGGGAACUACAGACGCUCAAAGGACACACUCAGUGUGUGAACGCGGUAGCCUUCUCCUCGGACGGCUCAUUGCUCGCUUCUGCAUCAUACGAUAAGACAGUCAGGCUGUGGAAUCCGACGACAGGCCAAGAAGUGCCCCAAGGACACUCUGAUCACGUGAUCUCGGUGGCCUUCUCUUCGAACGGCUCACUUCUCGCUUCGACAUCAGAGGAUCGAACCGUCAGGCUGUGGAAUCCGACGACGGGUCAAGAAGUGCAGACGCUCAAAGGAGACAUUAGCCCUCUAACCCGUGUGAUCUUCUCCUCGAACUGCUCAUUAAUCGCCACUACAUCAUACGAUCAACCCAUUAGGCUAUGGAAUCCGACGACGGGUCAAGAAGUGCAGAAACUCGAAAGACACACUAAGUCUGAAUAUGCGGUAUCCUUCUCCUCGGACGGCUCAUUGCUCGCUUCUGUACCAGAUGACGCGACUGUCAGGCUGUGGAAUCCGAUGACGAACCGGGAAUUACAGACGCUCAAAGGACACACCAGUUGGGUGAGUGCGGUGACAUUCUCCUCAGAUUCCUCAUUGCUCGCUUCUGCAUCACACGAUCAGACCGUCAGGCUGUGGAAUCCGACGACGGGCCAAGAAGUGCAGAGGCUCGAAGGACACACUGAUUCUGUGUUCGCGGUGGCAUUCUCUCACAACGGCUUGCUGCUUGCAUCUGCUUCAUACGAUAAGACGAUCAGACUAUGGAAUCCGACGACGGGCCAAGAGGUGCAGACACUCAAAGGACACACUAGUCUUGUGGAGGCGGUGGCCUUCUCCUCGGACGGCUCAUUGCUCGCUUCUAUGUCGACGGAUAACACCAUCAAGCUGUGGAAUCCAACGACGGGCCAAGAAGUGCAGAAAUUCGACUAUGAGCCAGGAAGCUGGACCAGGACCAUCAGUUUUACAAGCGACAGCAAGACUUUGCUUGUUGACCGAGGAGCUCUAUCUCUUAACAACGAAUCUAAUACUCGCAGAUCUUUCGCUCCUACAACUAUCAUGAUUAGAAAUGAUUGGGUCCAACAAGGUGAUUACAACCUUCUCUGGCUUCCACACGAGUAUCGCAAUGUUUGUUCUGCAUUUUAUGGUAAUACAUUUGCCUUAGGCCUGAGAUCUGGCCAAGUCAGCUUUAUUCAACUCGAUUAG